GUUCGUUUUUCUAAAAACUUAUGUCGACAACGAAGAUGGCUCUGUACCCAGCUCCAGGACGGGUCCCUGGCAUGCAGAACAGCCGUAUCGAUCCUGAGGAACUUUUCACUAAGCUGGAGCGGAUUGGGAGGGGCUCAUUUGGGGAGGUCUUCAAAGGCAUUGAUAAUCACACCCAGGGUGUUGUGGCCAUCAAAAUCAUUGACUUGGAAGAGGCAGAAGAUGAGAUUGAAGACAUUCAGCAGGAAAUAACUGUCCUGAGCCAAUGUGACAGUCCAUAUGUAACCAAAUAUUUUGGCUCAUAUCUAAAGGGCUCUAAACUAUGGAUUAUCAUGGAAUAUCUGGGUGGAGGUUCUGCUCUGGACCUGUUAAAGGCAGGACCCUUUGAUGAGAUCCAGAUCGCUACUAUGCUUAAAGAAAUUCUCAAGGGGCUGGACUACUUACACUCAGAGAGGAAGAUUCACAGAGAUAUAAAAGCCGCGAAUGUGCUGUUGUCAGAGCAGGGAGAGGUGAAGCUGGCCGAUUUUGGCGUUGCCGGGCAACUGACAGACACACAGAUUAAGCGGGAGACAUUUGUUGGGACGCCCUUUUGGAUGGCACCAGAAGUCAUACAACAGUCUGCCUAUGACUCAAAGGCGGAUAUUUGGUCUCUGGGUAUAACAGCGAUAGAGUUGGCGAAAGGUGAACCCCCCAACUCUGAUAUGCACCCUAUGAGGGUCCUGUUCCUCAUCCCCAAAAGCAGUCCCCCCACCCUUUCUGGAAGGUUCAGCAAAAGCUUCAAGGACUUUGUGGACUCUUGCCUCAAUAAAGACCCUGCUUUUAGGCCUACAGCUAAGGAGCUGUUGAAGCACAAAUUCAUCACAAGGAACUCUAAGAAAACGUCCUACCUGACAGAGUUGAUUGACAGGUUUAAGAGGUGGAAGGCAGAGGGUCACAGUGAUUACGAGUCCAGUUCUGACUCUGACUCUGAUUCCAGUAAUAAAGAGAACAGCCCCACUCAGCCUAAGUGGAGCUUCACCACAGUGCGCAAGAAGAAACCUGAGGACAGGAAAGUUCUCAACGGGAUGGAUCAGGAGUUAUUAAAGAAAUCCGGCUAUCUGUCCACAGUCAUCUCCCCAGUGUUUGCUGAAUUGAAGGUGCAGCAUCGGGACAGUGCGGACACACGGAGCGCCAUUGAGGAAUUGGAGCGGAAUAUCUGCCUGGCAGAAGACGCGUGUCCUGGAAUCACAGACAAAAUGGUCAGCCGGAUUGUAGCCAGAUUCCAGAGGUUCCCCACAACUUCGAAAAAAUAGGAGGGAAGGUAUGGAAUCCAGACAGACUGUUGAAUACACUUACCUUCUCCAAGAACAGUCAUACCAGCCUGCAGAAACACGCAUCUGAUCUUCUCAUCCUGUGUAGCAUCCUCCAGCAUGAGUUGACCUAAAGCUCAGCUCAGUCCACACCAAGCUCUGACCUCGAUAUUUAUUAGCAAUAACAUAAGGAAGCAACAAUCAGAAUCCUCAUCUAAAAAUGACUUGCUGUACAUGGCUAACUGUCAAUCAGCUGUAAAUAAUCAUUAUGUAGGAAUGAUCAAUGGAGUUGACUUGA